UACUGUUGUUUUAUGUCGUGUGUUGUUUUCAUCAUCUUCAUCUCGUCUUUUGAGAGACUGCAUUUACCCUGCACUUUCCUGAACUGAACAAAACUCACUGCCGCAAUCCCAGACACCUUUUUGCCUGCUCUGGAGCAGAAGUAGUACUGCACUGCAAAAAGAGAAACCCACAACCUCCCUCUUCCAAUUCGAGUACUACUUGCUACUAAAUGUGUAAAGGAGCGGAAGCACCGGGACCUGAAGGCUUCCCCAAAACGUCCCCCUUGGAUUUCUUCAAGAAAUUCAGGCGCUUGAAGCCCCCCGCUCUUGAGCUCACUUCUCCUGGUGCUUUUGGCUGUUUAUUCUUCAGCUUUUGUUUGAUUUUUUGUAUUCUUUUACUGGAUUACAGAACGGCCAACAGGGGUUUCGGCUUGCAUGGCCACAGUUUACUUCGCACUUGGUUUGGUCUCAAUAGUUCCUUUUCUUCAUCGUCAGCAGAACCCGGGGAUUUAGGAAAUGGGAAAGUGAAUUUCCUCGAAGCUGGAGGUAGUGGAUGUGAUAUCUUCGAUGGUAAUUGGAUGUGGGACGAGAGUUAUCCUCUCUAUCAAUCAGAAGAUUGUAAGUUUUUGGAUCCCGGAUUUCGGUGCUCUGAGAAUGGCAGGCCUGAUAAAUUCUAUACUAAGUGGCGAUGGCAGCCCAAAGAUUGCUACUUGCCCAGGUUUGAUGCAAAAAGGAUGUUGGAAAAUUUGAGGAACAGACGCCUUGCAUUUGUUGGGGACUCAAUUGGAAGAAACCAAUGGGAAUCCCUUCUUUGUAUGUUGUCUUCUGCAGUCUCCGAUAAGACCUCAAUAUAUGAAGUUAAUGGGAAUUCAAUCACAAAGCACUCAGGUUCCCUAAGCUUCAAGUUCGGGGAUUUCAACUGUUCUAUUGAGUACUAUAGAGCUCCCUUUCUAGUAGUGCAGGGUCGUGCACCUGCUGGAGCUCCAGUAAACGUCAAGAUGACUAUAAAACUAGAUCAAAUGGAUUGGAGCUCUUCCAACUGGAAAGAUGCAGAUGUGCUAGUUUUCAACAGUGGGCACUGGUGGAAUUAUGAGAAAACUAUUAGAGGGGGUUGUUACUUCCAAGAAGGAGCAGAAGUUGAGAUGGAUAUGAGCGUACAGAGUGCAUUUCACAGGUCAAUUCAGACACUGGUUGAUUGGAUAAGGCGUGAGGUCAAUCUAAAGAAGACACACGUAUUUUUCCGCAGCUAUGCUCCUGUACAUUUCAGAGGUGGGGACUGGAAGACUGGUGGUAGCUGUCAUCUGGAGACACUGCCUGAAUUGGUUUCAUCACGAGUGCCAUCUGAAACAUCAGUUGAAGUAAGAACAACAACUGAUGUGUUUGUGAAUCUCAUAAAGAAGUCUGAAUUGCAGAAUGUAGAACUACUGAAUGUGUCACGAAUGACGUCUCAGAGGAAAGAUGGUCACUCAUCUUUGUAUUAUUUAGGGCCCAAGGCCGGACCAGCUCCUCUCCAUCGGCAAGACUGUAGCCACUGGUGCCUGCCUGGUGUUCCUGAUUCAUGGAACGAACUUCUCUAUGCUGCGUUACUCAGAAAGGAAUUAACUGAUGCACAAAAUUCAGCACAACAUUUGCAUCCACCUCCGCUCUAGAUUGAGAGACAACUUGACGAUCUGUUUUCACUGCGAGCAAGCUGAAGCUGCAGUGAUCACUCUAACCGGCAAAAUAUCAGGUCAUGGAAAAUAUAUGUUAAUUAUUUAUUGUAUUUCCAUAUUACCUUGUUCCCAUCAAAAAGGUGGAGGAUCAAAGAUGGACUUGCUAUAUGUGGAAAGAAAAUGAUCAGGUUCCGUGAAGCUUACAAUCGGGCUUGUCUUAGGGCUCCAUGCCAAUGCUAAUUUGUCAGCAUUGCUGGAAAAAGCAUCUGUAUAUUCUAGAUUGUAUGAACGAUUUUACCAGAUCACAAGUUAUACAUGUAAUUAUAUUACAUUUUCAUUGAUUUUCUGUAAAUUGUACAUUUGGAACGGUAUAUACAAAGGAAAUUUGUUGAC